AUAAUCGCAAUUGUUGUUGUAUAAGUAUUACGUUAAACAUAAGUAUAAUGUUACCGCACGAGGCGAAGAAGGUCAAGAUCGUCAAAAGUCCAGGCAACGGAGGACGCAAUUGUCAGAAAUUGCGGAUUCAGGAUCAUGGAAUCGCUGAGUUAUGUCGCGAUUAAAACAGCCAAUCAUGCCAGAGAAGCGGACGAGCAGAAGACAGAGCAACGGAAGAAAAACCUCCUGAUUCUAGUCCUGCACCAUCUGGUCCAGGAGGGCUACACUGAAGCGGCCAAGUCACUGGAACAGGAGAGUAACCUCAGCUUUAGCCGCUAUGAGGUGUGCGAUAAUGUGGACCUUGAAACAAUAUUAAUGGAAUAUGAAUCAUAUUAUUAUGUGAAGUUUCAGAAGUACCCCAAGGUGACAAAGAAGAUCAGUAGUGAUGGUAACUCUCCUCAAAAAGGCACCAAGAAAUUUGUCCGAAAUGGGAGCACCCCAACGUUGCCGCGGAUACCUCAGCCCCAAGCCCUUGACCCAAAUAGUGGGCCUGCCUCAGCACCUUCAUACUUGGGCAGGCGGCGGCCCAACUCCAGCUCAGCCACAGCCAACAGAAAGCCUGCUGUUGACCGCAGGCCCAGCCGAGAAAUCAAACAGGCCUCUCAAGUAAAUGGAGUUGGAGACCCACUGUCAGACCUCUCUGUUUCUGGCUCGACGGUUGCCAACAAAUCCAGCGAGACUAACCUCUCAAAUGGCUCAGGAAAGUUGCCACCUAAGAAGGGUCCAAUCAUCGACAUGCGGGCCAUGUUGAACAAUGCUAUUAAAGGGGCUACACAAGACUAUGUAGGAGAUAGUGACCCUUCGGAUCGACUAUUAAAGCCCCUGGGGGGCUAUUCGGGCUACACACUAGAAUGGCGGGAGCUAGCACAGAGUAUCAGCAAGGACAUCUAUCUCCACAACCCCAACGUCAGAUGGGACGACAUCAUAGGUUUGGACAACGCCAAGAGAUUAGUCAAGGAGGCCGUGGUUUACCCAAUAAAGUAUCCCCAGCUAUUCACAGGGAUCCUGUCCCCCUGGAAGGGGCUCCUCCUCUACGGCCCGCCAGGCACCGGCAAAACUCUCCUGGCCAAGGCAGUAGCCACCGAGUGCAACACCACGUUCUUCAACAUCUCCGCCUCUAGUAUCGUCAGCAAGUGGAGGGGAGACUCAGAGAAGUUAGUCAGGGUACUGUUUGAAUUGGCACGGUUUCACGCUCCAUCAACGAUAUUUCUGGACGAGUUGGAAUCUGUCAUGAGCCAGCGUGGGUCAAUGCCGGGAGGAGAGCACGAGGGCAGCAGACGCAUGAAGACAGAACUCUUAGUACAGAUGGACGGCCUGUCCAAGUCAGACGAUCUAGUCUUUCUACUAGCCGCUUCAAAUCUCCCCUGGGAAUUGGACCAUGCCAUGCUGCGACGAUUGGAGAAGAGAAUCCUUGUGGAUCUACCCGUCUUAGAGGCACGGAGAAAAAUGAUCGAGUUCCACUUACCAGAAGUGAUUAACCCCGACUGUGCCCUUGAAAUCAAGACCGACAUUGACUACGAAUACCUAGCACAGUUAACAGAAGGCUACUCUGGGUCUGAUCUAAGACUGGUGUGCAAAGAGGCUGCCAUGAGACCGGUCCGAAAGAUCUUUGAUAUCCUGGAGUCUAGCACCAUGGAUGAAAAGGUUCCUGAUUUCAGCAUCGACCCCAUCACAACAGAUGACGUCAUUUCUGCCCUAGCCCACACCAAGCCCUCGGCCAAACUUCUCAAGGACAAAUACAUCAAAUGGCAGAGAGAGUACGAGUCGGUUUAAAGGCAGGGCUAGGACUCAUGGCAACAUAUUCAUUUGGAGCUUUUUUCAGAGGAAGAAAGUUACUUUGACCUCUGAGGGUCUGGACACGGCAAAGAAGGCUGCUGUUGUGGUAAGAGACACUGUUGCAAAGAAACAGUGGCCUGCCGACAAGGUCAUCUCUGCUGGGUCACUGAUGAGGCAGAUGUUCGCAACCUUGCAGUCUACGAACCAGUACUGAGAAUGGAACCGAAGUCACCAAUUAAGAUUGGCACAUACCCCUAUCCUCUGCUUGCCUGCUGUCACUGCCUGGUGCAUGAAUCAGGACUCUACUGCAGCUGCCAGCUAUAUAUGAUGCCAUUCCGCGUAUUACUAUUCUCAAGGUACAAAAUUAACAUCCCCAACACCAAGCCACUUCAUAUAAUUGACUACUUGCAGCACUGGCCCUCUGCUGCAGUGGAUUCCAGCCAGUCACCUGAUCCCGGCAAACUUGGGUGACAAAUGGUUAAGACGUCUGCAUUAGUAAUCAGGAAGCUGUGGAUUUGAAUCCCACUUGAUUUUUUCGCACCCCUUGUACUAAAUUUUGCCCCUGAACAGUGCCACUCAAUUAUUGGUGCUGCCUGAGAGCUGAACCCCCCCCCAUAAAAAAAACCACCUUACAAGCUUGCUGUCACAAGCUCAAUGGUACAUGUGCACUAUUAAAAGUAUACAAUUCCUUAAAUUACUUGGAAGGAGGUAACAUAACCUUCUUUUUUAGGACCCGCAUACCUCCUCAGCAAUCAGCGAUAUUUUUUGGUGGCCACUUACAUGUACCUCAGCAUACCCACGAGGUAUUUACUUAAAUUAAGAAGAUUUUACUUUAUGGGGAAUUCCUAAAGCCCUCCCCCGCCCUGAAACACUUUCUCCACACCUGAGGCUCAAGAACCUAGUCUUUUACUACUCUUAUUUAAUCAAACCUUGGGUGAAAUUCAUUUUAUUGCUUUGUUUACAUGUAAGAAACUUGACAUCCCCGAAGUGACUUUUCAUAUCAUGUACUCACAUUUUGGAAGCAAAAAGACAAGGCACAGAUGUGGAAUAAACAAUGUUUAUUAAACAAAACUAAACUGGCCAAACUACAAUUGCAUCAGUGUAACAACUUGCAAUAAAAGUAAUCAGAUAUAUCAGAUUGUAUAGUUAUUUCUAUAAUAAACUUUGUACAACAAAAAAAAUUGUAGAUUAGAAACAAAUUUCAUCAAUUUCUUUCUGAAGUAACCUCAAUAGCUGGUCUCCUGUUCAAAACUAUAAAGAACAUGUAAAAUGACUUAUAAGUCUAUUUCAUUUUUAUUGUGUAUAAGAACCAAUGUUGAUUGAUGCCAAAGGAUGACGGAUGCAGGAGGUACUGUAUGCUUUUUUGGUUUUACGUUUCCUUUUUUACAAAAUUGAUGUCAAUUUCCCGGUCUUUGGAUGCAUUCUGUGCAAUUUCAGCUGUAUUCCCUUGCUUAAAUCCCACAUUUUAUCUAUUUUUGUAGGCACAUGUAUAUUGUAGUUAUUGUAAGAUUUCACUGUAAAUACUGAUGGAAUGUCAUGUGCAACAUUUGCACCCUUGCCUGCACAGCGAUGGAUGUAUACCAUGUAUAUCUGCAUAUAUAAAGUGUACUAUUUACAAUGCAUACGUGUAUAUUGUUUGAAAAAUUUCAACUAUGAAAGCAACAUUAGCUUUAUUGACAAGUGAUGGAUUUGUUUUGGACUGGGGUGAUUUGGUUUUUGAGUUUUUCUGUAUGCCUUGGAAUGCAGGUUUUAAGAAGUUGCACUGUUUGAUAUGAAUAACACCCCCACUUCAUAACUGGUUUGAUUUUAAAGCAUACUGCUCAUGUGAAAGCACACUCUGCAGUGUAUCUAAUAUGUUACUUGACAUUUUGUUUGGCAUCAUCAGAAGGAUCAGUUUGAUAAAUCAAAUAGAACGCACACCAAAUCUGAACACAUGAUGGCAGCAUGCUUACAGGUCACUGCAUUUUUCUUUUCAUUGCACUGAUUAAUGCAAUAGCUGUCAUUCGAGUUACAGCAUGUAACUCGAUGCUGUGUGUAGAGACAUAACUUAGACGAAGAUGAGUCUUCAGGAAAUCAAAAAUUUUUUUGUACUUUUCUCCAUCGGUGUCACAUGGAGAGUACAUGUAUUUCCAGUUGCCAAGGUGUACCAGCAGAAAGGUUUCACACAAGACAUUAUGUUGUUGGGAAUAUAAUGGAAAGCGUGCAUGCAGGCAUGAAUAGGACACGCAUGUACAAUGGGGCAUUGGAAGGAUAGGUUUUCACAGACAGCCAAUAACAGGACGAGCCUUUUUUCAGAACUGUGAAGUGUUAUGCAAUCAUCACUUAAAGUUUGUCAGCAUGCUGGAAAUCGGGGU